AUGACCGCCGGCCAUGAACUUCAGCCUCAGCAUCAACAGGAUGGGAAGCUCCUCACCUUCACCGGAAGGGUGGCGGUGAUCACCGGCGCGGCGAGAGGCCUCGGACGGGAGUACGCCCUCCUGCUGGCGAGCCGAGGAGCGGCGGUGGUUGUGAACGAUCUCGGCGGUGGACGAGAUGGCAGCGGCGGAGGUAGCGCCGCCGCCGACGAAGUCGUCGCGGAGAUCACCCGGGCGGGCGGCGCGGCUGUGGCCGAUUACCAUUCCGUCGAGGAGGGCCACAAGAUUGUGCAGACUGCGAUUGAGAAGUUUGGUCGCAUUGACAUUCUCAUCAACAAUGCGGGCAUUCUGCGCGACCGCUCGAUGAUGAAGAUCACCGAGGAGGACUGGGAUCUCGUCCACCGAGUUCACCUCCGCGGCGCCUUCCUCACCACCCGCGCCGCCUGGCCGCACUUUCGCGAUCAGCAGUACGGCCGCAUCCUCAUGACCUCCUCACCUUCAGGGCUGUACGGCAACUUUGGCCAGGCCAAUUACAGCUCCGCGAAGCUAGGCCUCCUCUCGCUGGCGAAGACGCUCGCCGUGGAGGGCGCCAAGUACAACAUUCGCGCGAACACCAUCAUCCCCGUGGCCGCCUCCCGGCUCACCGAAGACCUUCUCCCGGAGGACCUGCUGGAGCUCUUCGCCCCUCGCUACGUCGCCCCCAUGGUCGCCCUGCUGGUCCACGAGGCUUGUCCGGCCAACGGCGAGGUCUUCGAGGCGGCCGGCGGCUUCUACGGGCGCUAUCAGUGGCAGCGAUCCGCUGGGAAGGUCUUCAGCGAGCCGUCCUCGGUGACGCCGGAGGCCAUUAGAGACGCCUGGCACGAGGUGGUGGACAUCAAACUGGGCAAAGGGUCGAGCAGUCCCAGCUCAAUGGCGGAGCACACCUUUAAGCUCAUUAGUCAGCUGAGGGGUGAGGAGGUGCCUGAAGCGGAGGGUGAAGAAGUUGGAGAUAUUAUCGUCGAAGACCAGAGAAGAUCCUCUUCGGUGGUGGUCUCUGAUGAAGGUGAUGCUAAAACGCUGCUCACCACGAUCACCCCUCAGGAUGUCAUCCUCUACGCCCUCUCGGUGGGCGUCUCCACCUCUGAUCCCUUUCACUUGCAGUACCUCUACGAGGCGGAUGAGCACUUUACGGCGUUGCCCACGCUUGCCGCCUCCCUCUCCCUGAAUGCCGUCUUUGAGACGAACCUCUUUCAGGAGGCGAUCACCCGGUACGGGCUGGAGGAUAACUUUAUCAAGACGCUGCACGGCGAACAGUAUCUGAAGCUGCUCAAGCCGAUUCCCACUGCCGGGCAGCUGGUCUCUAAGCCGCGCAUAGUGGACGUACUGGACAAGGGCUCCGGCGCGCUCAUUCUCAUUGAAGUUCCAACGUACAACACCGCCGGCGAGCUGCUCUUUCUCAACCAGCUCGCUCUAUUUAUGAUUGGCAGCGGCGGUUUUGAGGGUGGAAAGCGGACCAGCGACUACCCGGGCCUAGUUGAAGCGGUGGAAGUGCCCUCGGAUCGACCGCCUGAUGCCGUAGUGAGGCAGGUCACCUCGGUGGACCAGGCGGCCACUUUCCGCCUGGUCGGUGACAGCAAUCCACUGCACAUUGAUCCGGCCUUCUCUGUCAUUGGCGGCUUCGAGCGGCCGAUCCUCCACGGCCUCUGUCUGCUGGGCUUUGCCGUGCGAGCGGCGCUACGUGAGUUUGCCGGCGGCAGCAGCGUUGAUGCCGAGGUGGAAGCGACGGCGUUCGAUGCCGCGAAGGCAUCGAACCCUUCAUCACAAAAGGUCAAAAUUGACGCCAUCUUUGGUGAUGGAAAGCUGCGCGAGCAAAUUCGCGCCAACCCCUCAGUGGUCGCCUCCAUUGCCACUACCUACCAGUUCAAUAUUAGCCUCAAUGGAGCGCCUGUUUCAGUGUGGACCCUCGAUCUAAAGAACGCCCCCGGUGACAUUUACCGCGGCCCGCUGGAGAAGGGCUCACCAGACUGUGUGCUCACCGUCGAAGAUCAGGUCAUUGCGGACAUCUUCACGGGGAAGGAGGACGCGCUGAAGGCCUUCAUGAACGGCCACCUCAAGGUGACGGGGAACAUUCUGGCGGCCAGCAAGCUGCAGCAGCUCUUUGCCGACAAUCUGACGAAGGGGGCCGAUGAAGAAGAUGAAUCUUCCUCUUCAA